GCAGCAACUUUCCCUGGUCGUUCAGUGCGCGAAUGAGCCAACCAAACUUAAUACCUGGUUGGGCUCCUCGAAGAAGCAGCCGCGAGUGUAGUGCGCCUCGAAAGCAUGGAGCCGCAGCACGGUUCCGCUUUUUUGGUGCUGGCCGUGCUCACCCUGUGCUACCUUCUGCUCAGCUGCCUCCCUGAACCGCAGUCCACCCUCCACGCCAAGGGUGCCGACAGACACAAAAGCGCCGCCGUCGCUGCCGCCAAAGGACUCUCCGAAGAUUCUCUUGACCUGACCAAUGUUGAGACAAAAAAGAGGAUGCUUGAAACUUUGAAGAACUCAUGCCUUCCGAAGCUGGUGUGCCAACUUCUGGCCAACAACGAUCGAAAGUUGAGUCGAUCUGAGAUGUCACUUCUCUCCGUCAUAAAGGACACAAGUUUGGGAAUGACGGCUGAAGUGACGUCGAAACUACACUUUGCUGCUCACAUGGGCCAGUUGGUCGCUGGUGUGGAUGGCACGGGCUGUCAUAACUUCUAUCCUGCGUGUCCGCUGCCAGGAAAUGCCGUCUUGCCAUUUUUGCAAACGGUGAAAAGAUCCUACAGUGGCAAGUUCUGAUUGUGUCUAUUUGAUUGCUACACACCUGCAGCAGAUUGAUUGCUCAUAUUGUGAUAUUGAUAUGGAAUAUAAUUUUAAGGAUUUUAAUUUAAAAUAUUCCAAUAAUUUAUAAGAUAAGAUGUAAUAUAAGAGUUAACAUUGAUAUAGAAUUUUUGAUGGUUUAAAAUGUAAAUAUUUUUAUUUGAACAAGGAAAAUUUUUGUAAGGGAAAAUAUUGUUAGGAAGUAUAAUAUUGACCAGCAGAGAAAUUUUAAAAGCAAAACUGUGAUCAGGGAGUAACAGGGAUUAAUGUUAUUCCAUUAAGGAAAAUAGGAUAAAAAUAGAUAAUUUUUAGACCUUCUUAUAUAAGAAUGCCAACGACUUAGUUACCAAAUUGUAAAUAUUUGAGCUCAACUAUUUCCCAUGCAUGAACAUCCUGGAAGACUGGGAAGGGAAAUGUUUCGAUGUUUAGCAAUGAAACAAGGAAAUUGUGGAACAAUUACAUUUAAUGUGAAACAAAUAAUAUUAUUCUGUGUGACUUUACAAAGCGCUUUUCAAUCAAUAAUAC